AUGGCUCUCGCGGUUUUCAUUGAUAUUGAAGGUGCGUUUGAUAAAGUCCCUGUUGAGACUAUCAUCAAUGCACUUAGGAACAGAGGCAUAAACUCAAUAAUUACCAGAUGGAUAGCGAAUUUGCUUUCCUCUAGGUAUGUUUGUUCCUCUCUAUUGGAUGCAAGCAUGAAAGUGCAUGCAACUGCCGGAUGCCCCCAGGGAGGGGUUUUGUCCCCUAUCCUAUGGUGUAUGGUAAUGGACUCCCUGUUAGUUCGGUUAACUGCUCUUGGCAUUCCCUGUAUCGGGUACGCUGAUGACGGUGUUAUUGUUGUCAGAGGCAAACAUGGAAAAACUGUCUCUGAUAUCAUGAAUAAUGCACUCCUAGAAGUAGCUAGGUGGUGUUUUAAAUCAGGCUUAUCUGUCAAUCCAUCCAAGAUAAGUUAUGUAGCCUUUACACGGAAAAGGCAACUUGAUCUAGGUAAUGUAUACUACCUGGACCAUAAAUUGGAACUCACAGAGAAAGUCAAGUUUCUCGGGGUUUAUUUUGACUCCAAACUAAAUUGGGGUCUUCAACUUGAAUACUGCACCAACAGGGCCAGAAAAAUUUUCUGGUCUUGUAGAAAUGCUAUUGGUAGAACAUGGGGAUUGUCCCCCAAAAUAGUCUACUGGAUAUACUCAAUGAUUAUUAGUCCUAUCAUCACUUAUGGCGCAAUCGUCUGGUGGUCAAGGACUAGAUUGAGCUCCGCAAGGUCUAAUCUUAACAGACUACAAAGAAUGGUCUGUGUAGCCCUGUCAGGCUGUCUCAGGACCACUCCUACAGCUGCUCUAGAGAGCUUACUUGGGCUUCUUCCAUUGAACUUACGCAUUGAAGUUGAAGCUCAGACAGGCGUAAAGCGUCUUAUGUACCUUGGCCUAUGGAAAGAGAAUUCCAAACACUUGUCAUGGGGACAUCUUGUUUCACAAGUGAAGGAUUUAUCCUCUUUUAUUAUGCCUAGUGAUUUUAUGUCACUAAGAUAUGCUUUUCACAAGCCCUUCAAGAUCCAUUUUCCUACUAGAGAUGAAUGGUUCAAUUCUCCUCGGUGGCUUAAAGGCAAAUGCCUGAUAUGGUACACUGAUGGGUCAAAGAUUGGUGCCAAAUCAGGAGCAGGAAUUUACUGCUCCAAUGAUGGUACCAAACUUCACUUUCCCCUGGGAAAUUAUGCCACCGUUUUUCAGGCUGAGGUCUAUGCCAUUAUCUUGUGCUGCAAGUUAUGCAUAGACAAAGGAUAUCAAAAUACGACUAUCCGCAUCUGUUCUGACAGUCAGGCUGCUCUCCUAUCACUGUCAAGGUGUAAAUUCACCUCUUUGUUAGUGUGGGAAUGCUUCUCGGUCCUCUGUGACCUGUCCACUCAUAACAAGGUAUCCCUGCAUUGGGUACCAGGACAUAUGGGUAUCGGUGGAAAUGAGCUAGCUGACGAAGCAGCACGGGCUGGCUCUAAUGCAAUUUUCUGGGGCCCUGAACCUGCGCUGGGAAUUUCUCCCUCCUCAUUUAGGGCAACCAUAUUCAAGCUCUACGGCAAGAUCGCCCAUGAGCAGUGGCGCGCUGCUGACGGUCAAAGACAAGCUAAGGAGCUGAAUCGAGACUGUCCUAGUGUACGUCAAAAGGAGCUCUUAAAGCUUAACAGAAACAGUAUAAGGAAGAUCAUUGGUCUUCUUACUGGCCACUGUAUCCUCAGAAGACACCUAAACAUUAUGGGAAUAGAAUCAAAUUCUCUUUGUCGGGGAUGUCAUCUAGAAGAAGAGACAUCACGACACAUACUCUGUGAUUGUGAGGUCUAUUCUGCUCAAAGAUUUGAGCAUUUAGGACAGCAUAUUGUCAAUGCCUGGGAACUGCAAGAUGUUCCUGUAAGGUGCUUGCUGAAUUUUAUUUCAGCCAUAGGGCUUUCAUGCUAA